UUGACAUGUUUUGUAUUUUUUUCGGCACUAUCAAGAUCGCGGAGUUGUCAGCUUUCUAUCCAGCAAAUAUUGUUAGAAAAUAAAACCAAAUGUUGUAAAAUACUGCACAGGGGGGGUGUCUAGGUUGUAGUUUUUGCAACAACGUCGCUGUUCUGGCCCUUUAAGACAGCCGGAGGUCGACGGGGUAGCUCAAACCGUCAGAACACCGCAGCUUCCUUUCAGUAUCAAUGCGUCUUCAGGGUUUUUAGUGUAUUUUCUUAAUUUAAUCCCUAUUAAAUCCGGAAGCGCGCAUGCAUUGCUUCUGAUAAGCAGAACAAGCUUAUCAUACCAUAAACUUUAAACAUGUCUGAACAAGGAUAUCAAUCACCAGCUACCCCAGACAGAAGGCUGAGCACCCCUGAACCACAGAGGACAGGCUCCGGCAAGACACCAAUACAAAUCCUUUACGAACAUGGCGUCGUCUCUGGAGACGCCCCUGUGUUUGUGAUGGAGAAGGCUGAAGGAGAGGCUCACCAGCCCAGCUUCGUCUUCAGCGUGAUGAUCGGAGGCGUUAAAUGUACAGGUCAAGGGCCUAGUAAAAAGGCAGCUAAACAACAAGCUGCAGAGGCAGCGCUGAAAACUUUAAACAUCGACUCUGACAGUGGCAGGGUCGUUCCUGGGAGGUCCAACACUAAUGGCGUCGUAGCAGAACCAAGCAACCCCGUGGGCCUGCUGCAGGCACUGGCGUUGCAGAGAAGAUGGCGCAUUCCUGAAUACAUCAUUUUAACAGAAACUGGGCCGCCACACAGGAAAGAGUUCACUAUUAUCUGUAGAUUGGAGUCGCUCACAGAACAGGGGGUUGGAAACACCAAAAAAGCAGCAAAGAAGGAAGCAGCAGAGAAAAUGGUGGCAAAGCUUCACAGUUUAUCGGGCUCUUCUGAGAUCACAUGGACUCCUAAUCCGAUUGUUGGUUUUGAGAACAUAAGGAACUCCACAGCAGAGAAGAUCUCUCUACUGAGGAGAAACCCUCUGAGCAUUCCCAACACUGACUACAUUCAGAUGCUGCUAGAGCUCUCCAAAGAGCAAGGGUUUGAGGUCACCUACUUUGACAUCGAUGAGCUGACGGUGAACGGUCAGUACCAGUGCCUGGCAGAGCUCUCCACCUCCCCCGUCACCGUGUGCCACGGCACCGGCAUCUCCUGCAGCAACGCCCAUAACGACGCGGCACACAGCGCCCUCCAGUACAUGAAGAUCAUGGCUUUCAGCAAAUAAAAGAGCCCACCAGCAUCAGCAGAUACUUCAUCUGAACCAUCACCUGUAAUCAUGUGUGUCACAGAGCAGCUGACGAGACAAAAAUAAGUCGGAAACCUUUUGUAAGCAGGUUUAACACGGUGCUUUUAAGAGGCUGUAAAUGUCCAGCGUAGAAAAAUGAGCUAUUUAACAUACCUUGAAAUUAUUUGUUUAUGUUGAAUUUGUUAUGGCUUAUUUGUUUUUCAGGAUGCAGGUUAUUUCAGUUUCCAUUUUUUUUUUACUGCCAUUAUUAGGGUUAUAUAUCUUGAGUACUAAUCUGAAUGUUAGAAAUGUUUAAAUUUAAAUCCACUGCAAAAAUUCAAUGUGUACACAUUCAGUCAAAAUGGUUUGUGCUGUUUGCCCCUAAAACACACAGACAUGUUACUUUCAACCAUUCCUGACUUGUUUAAGACUUGAGUCCCGUUGCAGAAACACGUGUUGAAACCAGAAAAUAAACCUCAUGUGGCUGGAGUGUGUCAGCAGUUCCUGCAAGAUGAAGACAUUGAAGCUAUGGACUGACCCGCCCGUUCCCCAGACCUGAAUCCGAUUGAGCACAUCUGGGACAUCA